UGGAAAAUUGAUGGUUUUCAGUAUUUAUGGCUUGCAUUUUAUUCGCCUUUUUUAACCAACAAUUAUAUUUUAAAGUAGUCAAAAAGUUGCGCAAGACUUAAAGUACAUUUUGAUAUAUAUUUAUAGUGUUUUAUGUAUUAUAAACGGCCUGAAUCAAGACUGUAAAUGAGGCCAAAUUGCUGGACUAAUUUUGGAUAAAGCGAUGAGAAUGAAAACAAAAAUGGCGGACGAGGACACACAAGCCCCAAUUGUGAAUGAAAUUUACAAAGAUAUUCCAACGUUAAAUUCUGCUAGUGAAGCAGAAGGAGCGAUUAAACUUUGACCACUAAGCACAUUUUAUAUUUUUGUAAUACACUGACAUAAAAUGCCAGACUAAAACUGGAUAUUUUUUUAAAGAGAAGUCAAUCGUUUUUAUUUGGAUGUCAAAACCGUAAAUGGAUAAAAGGGCUAGUUCUUCAAUGACAAGUGUGAAAAGUUUUGUGACUGUCAUUGAAGUCGAAGGAUAUUUCACUACAAACUGUUAUUUAUUGAAUGGUAUAGACAUUAAAUUUUAUUGGAUCGAUGGAUCCAUAUAGAUUGAGUAACUGGCGCAGGAACAAUGAGAGGGUGGAACGGCCCCAGUCAUUGUUACCACCUCAAACAACCCCAGUUUGGACGGCAGUAUUUGAUUAUGCUGCCACGAAAGAGGAUGAAUUGACGAUAAAACAGGGUGAGGAGGUGCGGAUUCUAUCCACAGAUGAGUCCAUAUCAGGCAAUGAUGGAUGGUGGACGGGUAGCGUGGGGUCAAAAGUCGGCAUUUUCCCCAGUAACUUUGUCACAAAGGACGUUAAUGUUCUUCCUCCUAGUAGCGAUUCCAAACGACCAUUUGAAAUUGAUUUUCAGGAAUUAAUCUUAAAUGAAGUGAUUGGUGUGGGUGGCUUCGGGAAGGUUUAUCGGGGAAUGUGGAGGAAAAAGACUGUGGCCAUUAAAGUCGCCCGACAAGAUUCUGAUCCCGAGAAGCCAGGCAGUGCUUUGGAGAACAUUCGUCAAGAAGCAAAAUUAUUUUGGCUUCUAGAUCACCCCAAUAUAUCAAAUUUAGUGGGUGUUUGUCUCAAGGAGCCAGACUUAUGUCUAGUGAUGGAAUACGCUGCAGGUGGAUCACUGAAUAGAAUUUUAGGGGCACAGCGAAUACCUCCGGAUAUUUUGGUAGAUUGGGCAAUACAGAUAGCAAGGGGAAUGCAUUAUCUACAUGAAGAGGCACCAUUGCCAUUGGUUCAUCGAGAUUUAAAAUCUAGUAAUAUUUUAUUGAAGGAAUCGAUAGAAAAUAGUGAUUUGUCAAGGAAGACUUUGAAGAUCACAGAUUUUGGUCUGGCUCGAGAAGUACAGAAAACAACGAGAAUGAGUCAAGCUGGGACAUACGCAUGGAUGGCACCAGAAGUUAUCAAGUUCUCUAAAUAUUCAAAAACUAGUGAUAUAUGGAGUUAUGGUGUUGUAUUAUGGGAAUUAUUAACAGGAGAAACUCCAUAUAAGGGUAUAGAUACGUUAGGGGUCGCCUAUGGUGUUGCUGUCAAUAAGUUAAAAUUACCUGUACCAUCAACGUGUCCAGCUCCUUUUUCUCAACUUAUGUCAGACUGCUGGUCCCAGGAACCACAUGAAAGACCAACAUUUAGCGAGAUAUUAGAGACACUGAAAGAAAUUGCUAACUCAUCAUUCAUGGCGUAUCCACAAGAAUCUUUCCACACACUACAAGAGGACUGGAAACUGGAGAUAGAGGCUAUGUUUGAAGAACUACGAAGCUGUGAAAAGGAGUUGAGAUGUCGAGAAGAAGAAAUAACAAAAGCUGAAUUACAACAGAAAAUCCAUGAAGCAUCGCUACGGAAACGUGAACAAGAUUUAACUGAACGAGAAUUAGAGGUUUUAGGAAGGGAAUUAAGCAUUUUGAUUUUACAGCAAUUGGUGCAGAAACCAACACCGAAAAAACGCAAUAAAAAAAGUAAAUUGAAGAGUUUGAGGUCACUUGGUGGAACUAUGAUAAGUGAACCUUCAGGUUUUACGCACAAUAUAACAGUUACUAGUGAUAAAAUAACGAGUCCUGAAAGACAGAGUCCUGAUAGUCCACCAGUCACUUCUACUUAUCAACAACUUAGGCUCAGAGCUAUAGCUUAUCCGUCAUCAGGAAAACAGAAAAAGGGAAAAACAUGGGGACCAAGUUCUGUUCAAACAGAUCGACAUCAACGUUCCUCUAUCAUAAUGGCUGACGGCAGAUGGUCGAAGAGUGCACCAAACUUAGAAAAAACACUACGUAAUAUGGGGGGACAUUCCAACACUUUGUAUUCUGAAGAAUCGGCAUGGCCGGAGUUUAUUGAUGACCAAAAGAACAUUCCAAGCACAUUGGUUAACGGAAAUCACGAUGCCAAACGGCCAUCUUCCCAAAAGAAACACAUGAGUGUGUGGUGUAAGAUGGGAAUGAUGUUAGCGUCCGUUGGUAGUGGCUUUGAUAUACGUGUUGCAAACUCUACAGCAAUUCAUCCCCAGUUACACGGAACAGAUGACAGCAUGAAGAAACGUGAUUCUUUUAUUGGACAACGUCGCGAUGCUUAUUUAGGUGCUGUUCGUGAUAACCUGAUCGAAGGGGAAGGGGAAUUUAGAACAUCUAAUUAUACCAACCCUUCCGCGUUUCGACAUACAUAUCAUGGUACCAACAGUCGUUCUCGAGCCAAGUUAUCUAUGGAUGAUGAUUCGCCACCGGGUGCACAGGAUCUAUCCAAUGAGAUCCCAGAUUACACUUUUCAACCUUUUAUUCUAGAGCGCAUUAAAAAUACCCGAAUAUGUGAUACAAACGGCGGAAGUAUGAUCUCACCUGUUCCCUCUUCGGAUAUGAUCACGUUUCAUCGUCAGCACUCAGGGAGUAACGACGACCAGACGCGUGAUACAUUGAGAUCUUCCAAUAGAAAAAGACACUCCGUGACAUUUGAUGAUAAUUUUAAUCCAGACAUGAAUAACUUGACGCCUGCCACCUCAACCCCUAUCGGUACUUACAAUCCAAAACCUACUCCAUCCUGUGACGCUUCACCUUCGUCUUCCACGAACCCUAAAACAUCUUAUAAUGAUGUUUAUCCUACAAAUAAUAGCCCCCUAUCCAUCCUGCCUAGACGCAAUCCGGUUGGAGAGUCACCACUUCAAAGACCGACAACUUUAGCCAUAGGCACGACAUCCAGAACCAAAGUUAAGUUCGACACGAGUAACCAAGGAGAUACGAGGGACUCUCCUAGAAACUAUUUCACGCCAUCGGAAAUGGAAAAUGCGACUUUCUUUUCCGCACGGUCACGUCUCAGCCCGGGCAACACUCCACCACACGUCUCUCAUGCCAAAACGUUACUUGACAUAGACGUGGAAGGGCAGAGUAGAGACAGCACGCAGCCCUUGGUGUUACAUACUCCUAAAAAUCGCUUCCGUGUACACGAACUGGAGCAGGAGUUUUUGUUCUGAUGUUUAAUCAGUGUUAGGUUCAUUAACUAAGAUACGUGUUUUUUUUUUAUAUCAUUGAAGAAAUAUACUAAAUUAUAGGUAACUCUACAAGUUCAACGUAUGUUUUUACAUACAAAUGUUCGUUAACCAAAGUGCAUUAUAUUAUAUCAAUAUUAUUAUUGUCAUUACAAACAAAUAGUGUAUCAGAGACGUAAGGGAGACAAUUCACAAUUAAAUGGCCAUUUUUCAGUUUCAAAUAUUUAAGGAUACGGCAACAACUUCAGAUACGGCAUCAGGUUAUGAAGAUAGUUCAUCUUUUCUGACAACUGUCAACAGAUAUUGUGCUUUUGUGAAAAUGUUUCCUGCUAAGAUUUUUUUGGACAGUGAUGAAGUAACGUUCUCGUAAUCAGGACCUUGUUGUACAAAACAUGUGUUACCCAUAUAUACAUAUAAAUAAGUUGUUUCAAUAUUUAUAUGACGUGGUGUAACACGUUUUUUGUCUUUAAAUAAAGCAUCUGUCUUAAGGUGGGAUAAUUUCCUCCAUUAAUCAAUUCAACCAUCCCUCUACAGUUGGUAUAUUAAUUGUACGGGCUUUAUUCAUGAAUAUUUUAAGAAUUCAACAUUUUCAUUGGCUGGAAAUUAAAAUCCUAGUAAAAUUGUUACCCAAUGAAAUGGCAACGUUGUUAAUUAAAAGAUUUCAUGAAUAUGGCCCCUGUCAGUAGAUCAGCCAUGUAUUUAUUAGAAACAUCAUCACAAGCCAGGAUUCAUGUUUCAGUCGUAUUUAAGGAAUUUUCCUUUCGAUCAAUUGGAAUGCUACAAUAUUUGGUUUUUCAAACAAAAACAAAUUAAAACUUACAUUUUGUAUUGGAAUAAAAAUUCAGUCGAUUUUGAAAUAUUCAGGUAAUUUCUACAAAAUUUCCCACCAAAGAGUAAAGAAGAAUAAAUGAAAAGACUGACGGACAUUUUGAAUUGAAUGCCAAGUACUCGAUCCUGAUGUUGGCCUAGAAAAUUGUCGCAAGAUUUGCAGGAGUAGUAAAAAAAACUCUUAACAGUUGGAAUUCAAUUGCCAUCCGGGCCAAAUUUCACUCAUGGUGUAUACCCGUCUUCAUUAGCCCAGUUGGUGCAGAAUGGUAGGACUGAGGGUCUGAAAAGGAUAGCAAUCUAGUCAUUCAGAUGGGACAAAAAAACCAAGGUCCUGUGUAUACAUUGGCAUGCACGUAAAAGAUCCGUUUCAGUUGGAAUUCGAUAUAAGAGUAGGCCGAGUUGAAUCAGAAAGGUAUGACGUCAACAACAUUUGAUUUAUACUGAAACCAUGGCUUGUGAAGAUGGUCUAUUGAGUAGAGGAUAGCUGUGGUAUAAAUAUGUUGAUAUAUAUAUAAUUACUUAUAUCUAAUAUGUAAUACACGUCAAAUAUUAACAGAUA